AUGUCUGGUCCGUAUAAAGCCGUCAACAAAGGUUGGAACACCUUGUAUUCAUACGAAAAGGGAGAGAUAUACCUACAUUUGAAAAACAAUGACUUGCUCAAACUCAACUUCCAUUUAAAUGGCUCGUUGACAGAUCAUACAAACCUUCACAACAACCAGCAGAUCCGAACCUUGAAUCCUCCCCCCAUCAGCUCCACUUUGUUUCUUCUCAAUGGUGAUCUUUAUGGUCUUAUUGCAAUACCGGGCGAUGAAAGCGACAAGAACUGCUGUGGCAGUGGAGAGAUUUCGGUUGUCAAGUACGUGGAUGACGAUUGGGACCACACCACGUUGACUUUUGAUUUCGAUGCUGUUUCAGACACGUCUUUCUACGAAAGUGCCACCAUCUUGACUAGCCCCAGUAACAACAACACGAUAUACAUCUAUGGAGGCGUAUGCACUAACACGGGCAAGAUCACCAACAGGCUUUUAUCUGUGGAUUUCGAUACGGGCAAAGUGAGCAAUAUCACAACGCCAACAAAGCCCCAGGCUUUUUAUGGCGCAUCCAAUAUAUGGGCACCCAAUGUUCAAAGUCAGCUAGUGAUUGGAGGGGAGCUGAGCAACGGAUGGCUCAACAUGUAUCAACUAGCUACUUGGGAUUUCAAUUCUGGUUGGUCGUUUAAGCAGAUACUGGGGGGUGACAAAAGUGCAAAGGGUGACAAUGGUGGCAUGGGCCAAAGCUCGACGCCAGCCACCACCACCACCAUGAAUUCACGAACAUAUCCCUUGACACUACCGAUUUUCAAUCCAUUACCAGAUACAUCCUCGAUUUUUGAUGAUUUCAAAAUCGAGCAAGUGUUGUUGCUAGGAGGCGAUCUUGAAGACCAAGCCAGCACGCCACAGUAUGCCAAGCUUCAAAUGAGCACAAAUGAUUGGGCGUGGAAUACCUCUUACAUGGAAGAGGAAGAACUAGAACAACUUAUUGACAUAAGUCAAGUGCUCGGAGCAGCUACGAUUUUUUCAACCCUCGUGGUGAUCAACUCUACUGAUAACUCUUAUGAAGGCAAAAGGCAGAAUAUUGACAAUUAUCAAAUCAACUUAUACGACGUUGAGACUUUGAAACUCGUUCAAGACCUCGAACAGCAGGUACACGCAAGCAGCAAUAACUUGGGUACCAGUUCGUCGCUGUCGGAGUCGUCAAAGAAAACAAUCAUUUUGAGCACGGUGCUACUGCUAUCAUUUGCUGGAAUAAUAAUUGGAGCACUAGUGUUUUUCUUUCUUCGGAGAUGGAAAUUGCGCCAGCAGACUCGAGACGAUGUUACUUACAAUGAGCUCGAUUACAAGUUUGAUUAUUUGAAUCCACCAACAAGUUUGAGCCAUGAGCCAAUAUAUCUUAAUGUCAAUGAUUCAAACUCUACUCUAAGCGGAGCUGCUUCGAUUGAUUCAUGGAUGAAAAAGAGGCAAGAUUUCGACAAGCACAAGUUGAGGAGCAGCUACCUAGCUUCAAAUGAAACGUUGAACAUGGUGGACGAUGAAUCAGAGGAGAGACAAGUGACUCCAGAAAGUGAACAAAACGAACAAAGGCAACAAGGUGAACAAGGUGAACAUGGAAGCUAUCUGCCAAAUGCGACUGUAGCUUCCUUGCAAAGCGCCUAUAUUCAAAGUGCCUCAUCGCACAAACGUCCUCAUAUUUUGAAAAAAUCGUUUAGUUAUACAAACACUCCUUUGUCAAGUCCAGCUAUAAGGCGGAAAAUGCCAGCCAAGUUGAAAUCGUUGAGAACAACCAAUUCAGAGCAGUUUUUGGGGGAAAGUCUGCCACUGUAUAGCGCAAACCCAUUUGACGACCCUCCAAAAAGAUCUACACUUGGCGAGGAGCAGGAUAACGAUGGAAGUGGAAAAGACGCAAGAGCAGAAGAAGACGAGGAAGACGACGGCGAGGAAAGGGAUUCUCGUUCAAUGAUUUCUUCAAUCGACGGCAAAAUGGAUGUUCAAGUGUUGGUAAGUAGUAAACGACGUUCGGUUUUAAGGAUCAUGAAUCCAGAUGGCGAAGAUGAACAGACAAGCCUCGUGCUGCACAUCGAGGAGAGAGUGGAGAAUGGUGCUGGAGAAGAGGAUUUUGACUUGGGGGUUCGAGGUUCGAGAUAUCAAAAGCUUAGACAACGAAUUCCUUCCGAACAAAAGCAAAUAGACGAAUAA